CCAGAACAAGAUGCUAACAAGACUUUGAACAGCCACAGUGCAUCCCUGAUUACCUAUUCUGAUUGUGAGGAAGAGGAUCUCAUUCCAAUGAAUAAUAUUGUGAAUAAACCUCAAGAGAUGAGACAGCUAACGCCAUCAGCUUAUAACUGCUUCAUCAAAGAAGAGAUUAACAGGCUAAAGGCUGAGAGCCCUGACAUGGCUCACAAAGAAGCUUUUAGUACAGCUGCAAAAAUUGCAAAGGAGAUGAUCAAGAGAAUUGCCAGACAUAUCAACUUGUGGAUCUUGACUCCCAAGUGGACCCUCCUAAUGUUGAGGUAAAAACAUAACCAACUUCUUCAUUUAAAUCAAAUGCUUCUCUCAUAUCUGAAACAAAUUGCUUUAGCUGAUUAAAAGUAGUUAUUAGGAGGAGAUUCUUUGGUAGGACACUGUAUCCAUCUUUAGAAGUUGCAUGUCCCUUUCCUUCAUAUCACAGGAACAUUAGAAGUAGGCUCCAUUAAUUCAAUAGCAAAGACUUAUUCUUAUGUUGGUCGCCAAUUGGUGUGACAUUGAUACAUUGAACCGUUUAUGAGAAUUUUUGGUAGAUUCUCUAUAAAUUAUGAUCGGUACAAGAUGUUGAUUAACAUGGUAUUCUAAAUGUAUACAGAAUGCAUUAAAACUUUA